AUGGAACGUAGCAAUAAAGCGAAGGAUAGAAUCAGUAGCGAACGCCUUGUUUUACCGCCAAUCUCAUCUAUAAAUGCAGGUUUUGCAAGCAGAUCUUGGCCACCACCAUCUACGCUAUCUCCUUCUGCUUUAAGUACGACCAGUAGCAAUAUCACAAUGCAGGAGAUCGGCAGCAGCAGCAACAACAACAGCAUCAACUUAUCACCUAUACAUCAUCAUCAGCCAUCAAAUCAAGAGCCUUGGAGUCCAAUCCCCAGUUUAAACGAGAACACUCAAAAUCACACAAACAGAUUAGAUUAUUUUACAGCAGCAUCACCAUCAGCAUCCAGUCAUACGCUACCCGCUAUAGAUCAACAGCAUAAGCCUCAACAUACACAUCAUUACCAUUAUCGUCAAAAUUCGCUACCUCAGAUAUCUACUCUAAAUAAAGAUGUUCAGCAACACCAUCAGCAUGUGUACAACCAAGGCAGCAGCAACAAUACAUCUAUUGAACUAGUAUUGACGCCCUCGUCUUUAUCCACUCCUUCCAUCCGCAGCAUUGAAAGAGACAUUGAACAAGUUAUUCAGCAUUGCAACAGUUUAACAACAAACAUGACAGAGAGAAAGCACUCCAUCGUAGAAAAUGAUCAGUAUUUCACGAAUCCUGCAACAAUGCGUCCUUGGCUGGAUGACAUGAUUGGCAAAGCAAACGAAGUUUUAAAUGCAUUACUUCGAUUGAGAAAACAUCAAUUAGCUGCAGAACAUGCAAAAUUGCAUAGAGUCCCUGAUCACCUUGCGCAGAAUAGUCUAGAUGGACAAUAUCAGGAAUCUGAAGGGUUUUCUACGCUUAAGAAUGCAUCCACCAAUGUGCUAUCUCUUAACAAUGCCGGUAGACUUAGAAAAAGAGGGAAACGACCCGUGUUUCAAGGUAGAUGUCAUUCAUGUAAUAUAUCCGAAACACCGGAAUGGAGAAGGGGACCUGAUGGGGCCCGCACACUGUGCAAUGCAUGUGGUUUGCACUAUGCAAAAUUAGCCAAAAAGAAAAAUGCAGACAAACAAUUACAAGAUGACGUGAAAAAGGAAACUUUAGAAAGCGAUAGGGAUGACACGAGUAUGAAGUGA